UAAACAGCUUCAUGCUAUACGAAACCAAGCAAGAACAAGUCUCUUGACAAAGAUACAGAGAUAAUGGGUGGCCAAAGUAAUGGAAGCUCUGCAUGCUCCGAAGAGUCAUUUGUGAAGAUGCCAACGAUAAAGUUCACCAAGCUCUUCAUCAAUGGAGAAUUCGUCGAUUCCGUUUCAGGAAAAAAAUUUGAGACGAUAGACCCAAGAACAGGGGAGUUGAUAACCAGAGUGGCAGAAGGAGAUAAGGAAGACGUGGAUUUGGCCGUGAAAGCUGCACGCGCGGCCUUUGACCACGGCCCCUGGCCUCGCUUGCCCGGCGCUGAGAGGGGAGCAAUUAUGUUGAAGUUUGCAGACUUGAUUGAUGAACACACAGAAGAACUGGCCAAGUUGGAUACAGUUGAUGCUGGGAAGUUGUUCAGUUUUGGCAAAGCCGUAGACAUACCUCAGGUAGCACAAACUCUACGUUACUAUGCUGGUGCAGCUGAUAAAAUUCAUGGAGAAGUGCUCAAAAUGUCGCGCGAGCUUCAAGCUUAUACAUUACUCGAACCCAUUGGAGUUGUCGGACACAUCAUUCCAUGGAAUUUUCCCAGCACCCUGUUAUUCGCUAAGGUUGCUCCUUCCUUGGCAGCUGGUUGCACAAUGGUUGUCAAGCCUGCUGAGCAAUCACCUCUUUCGGCUCUUUAUUAUGCAUAUCUCGCAAAGUUGGCUGGUGUUCCUGACGGAGUGCUCAAUGUCAUCACUGGAUAUGGAGAGACAGCUGGUGCUGCCAUCACCCAUCAUAUGGACGUUGACAAAGUCAGUUUUACUGGAUCCUCAGAGGUCGGCCGUGAAGUAAUGCAGGCUGCAGCAAAGAGCAAUUUAAAAGCAGUCUCGCUUGAACUAGGGGGCAAGUCACCCCUAUUGAUUUUUGAUGAUGCUGAUGUAGACAUGGCUACUGACCUUGCUCUCUUGGGGAUUCUCUUCAACAAGGGAGAAAUUUGCGUGGCAAGUUCUCGUGUUUUUGUUCAAGAAGGGAUUUAUGAUGAACUUGUGAAGAAGCUGAAAGAGAAGGCAAAAGAUUGGGUUGUUGGAGAUCCUUUUGAUCCUAAUGUUCGUCAAGGACCCCAGGUAGAUAAAACGCAGUAUGAGAAAAUCUUGACCUACAUUGAACAUGGCAAAAGAGAAGGAGCAACUUUGUUAACAGGGGGCAAGCCUGUGGGGAAGAAGGGUUAUUACAUUGAGCCAACAGUAUUCACUGAUGUCAAGGAUGACAUGCUUAUAGCCACGGAUGAAAUAUUCGGACCUGUCAUGUCGCUAAUGAAGUUCAAGACAAUUGAGGAGGGAAUAGAGAGGGCCAACAAAACCAGAUAUGGCCUAGCAGCUGGCAUUGUAACCAAGAACAUCGAUGUGGCCAACACCGUCUCAAGAUCUAUCCGCGCGGGCACUAUAUGGAUCAACUGCUACUUUGCCUUCGACAACGAUGUCCCUUUUGGAGGAUACAAGAUGAGUGGCUUUGGAAGAGACUAUGGUAUGCAGGGCCUCCACAAGUAUCUGCAUACUAAAUCUGUGGUCACUCCCAUUUAUAACUCUCCUUGGCUCUGAAUACAAUACCAAAAGAAUGUUAGCAGCUUGCAAUUGCAGUGCAGAAUAAAUUAUUGAGUUGAAGUUCUUUAUUUAUGUGGGAAAUGUCAAAAACAUUGUAUAUGUAUAUCAUCUGUUUGCAUGUGUUUCCUCUGUUGUUGUUGCAAUAUACAAGUCUCUGUUUGAUUGAAAAUCUACAAAUGAUCAUUGUUAGA